GCAAAAAAAAAAAAAAAAAUGUGCCUGUUUAAUCACCUGUAGGGCCUAGCACUUUUCUUCAAGUAGCCUAAGAUAAUAACAGAGGGACAACAAGCAGUAAAACAGGUGUAGGAUCGUUCUUCCUAUAAUUAGCAAGGCUGUGUUGGUCAAGGCUUGCAUGACAUAACUUGCGCGUACACCUGCUGUCUCUCUUCCUUAUCACACACCCUCCCACCUCUCAGUGCCCACUCGAGUUCGCUCGAAGUGAGAAUGAAGGCGCAGAACAUUCGGACCCUUUCUCUCAUCCUGUGUAUGCUAUCCUACCUGCUUGUGGGAGCCGCGGUGUUCGACGCCCUCGAAUCAGAGACCGAGAACUCGAGGAAGAAGAUCCUGGAACAGAAACGCAAUGAGCUGAAGAAGAAGUACGGAUUUACCGAUGACGACUACCGGGAGAUCGAGAGAGUGGUUCUACAGUCGGAGCCCCAUCGCGCGGGGAGACAGUGGAAAUUCGCGGGAUCCUUUUACUUUGCUAUCACCGUCAUCACAACGAUAGGUUAUGGUCAUGCUGCUCCAAGCACUGAUGCUGGAAAGGUAUUCUGCAUGUUCUAUGCAGUUCUGGGUAUCCCUCUGACACUGGUCAUGUUCCAGAGCAUGGGGGAGAGGAUCAACACGUUAGUCCGCUACCUCCUCUGCAGGCUCAAGCAAUGCAUGGGCUUACGGAAGACUGAUGUGUCCAUGGGGAACAUGGUGCUGGUGGGCCUCCUGUCCUGCAUGAGCACCCUCUGUGUCGGGACAGCAGCCUUCUCCCACUUUGAGGGCUGGACCUUCUUCCAUGCCUACUACUACUGUUUCAUCACGCUCACCACCAUCGGCUUCGGGGACUUUGUGGCCCUGCAGAAGAAGGAGGUCCUCCAGAGGAGGACUCCCUAUGUGGCCUUUAGCUUCAUGUACAUCCUGGUGGGGCUGGCAGUGAUCGGGGCUUUCCUGAACCUGGUGGUGCUACGCUUCCUCACCUACAGCACAGAGGAGGCAACCAGGAGCCUGGAGGCGGAGGAGCAAAAGCCAGCAGUGCCUAAGAGGACAGGGGGUGGAGAGGUGGGGGAGGAGGAGGCAGAUGUGGAAGCAUCAGUAUGGGACAGAGCUGAUGGGAUAGAACGGUUUGGAGCUGAGAAUGGGAACAGUAGCCGCUGUAACCUCUCCCUGCCCAUGGAGGGAGGCACCAGUCGUACCAAUCUCAUCCCCUCUCCAUCUGAGGAGCGUAGAGAGACACCUGGGGUCAGGGACCCUGCUAAGCAUCCCGAGUCCCGCAUCAGCGCCCUCUGCUCCUGUAUGUGCUUCAGGCUGGUUGCCUGUGACAGCCCCUCUCCGGCCCACUGUGAGCACUCAGGCUGCCACAGCAAUCCUGUCUUCUACAACUCCAUCUCCUACAGGGUGGAUGGAGCCUCCUGCAGCUCCAGGGGCACCUCAACCCAGUCCUUCCCCAGCAGCGAUGCCCUUUUCCUGGGGAUGAGCAGCCCUCACACACGGAGGAAGUCAGUAUAGCUGCUUGGAUUGUUGGGACUCACUCUGGACUAAAGUGGUCUUUGUUCUUAUCUACACUACAGCCAGAGAUGUUACUCUGAUUCUCUGCAGGUGGAACAAAUUGUGUACGCUUUUCCAAAAAGGUCACAUUUACAGAUUUUAGGUUGUGCUUCUACACUAUAUAUACAAAGUAUAUGGAAAUCCCUUCAAAUAAGUGGAUUCAGCUAUUUCAGCCACACCUGUUGCUGACAGGUGUAUAAAAUCGACAAACAUUGGCAGUAGAAUGGCCUUACUAAAGAGCUCAGUGCCUUGAACGUGGCAUCGUAGUAGGAUGCCACCUUUCCAACAAGUCAGUUUGUCAAAUUUCUGCCUUGCUAGAGCUGUCCUGGUCAACUGUAUGUGCUGUUAUAGUGAAGUGGAAACAUCUAGGAGCAACAACGGUUCAGCCGUGAAGUGGUAGGCCACACAAGCUCACAAAAAGGGACUGCAGUGUUGAAGCGCAUACAGUGGUUCCUCCUUUAAAAUUUUGUACGUUUAUACCGCGGGGCUUAGAGGUACCCAGCGUCACGGCUUCACUGCUCCAGAGCACUCAUUACAUUGUAGAAUAAUAGUGAAGACAUCACAACUGUGAAAUAACACAUGUGGAAUCAGUUAAGAACAAAUUCAUAUUUACAAGGACAGCCUACUCCUUCCUCCCCGUCAGGGAAUUGAACCCCGGUCUCCCGGGUGCCCUUCCCGCACGACACAGGGUUUCUUUAGCUAAAUAGCCCAGUACUGUACUGCUGACAGUCACGUUGUACAGCGCCAUAUUUUCCAUUCCAUCCUAACGGAAACCCAGAGGGUUUUUCAUUUUCCUUGAAAUAGAAACACCUUAAUAUUAAUCAAAUUAAUUAAGAAAGUACGAGUCAAAAGUUUGGACACACCUACUGAUUCCAGGAUUUUUCUAUAUUUUUACUAUUUUCUACAUUGUAGAAUAAUAGUGAAGACAUCACAACUAUGAAAUAACACAUAUGGAAUCAGUUAAGAACACAUUUUUAUUUACAAGGACAGGAUACUCCUUCCUCCCUGUCGGGGAAUUGAACCGCGGUCUCCCACGUGCCCUGCCCGCAUGACACAGGGUUUCUUUAGCUAAAUAGCCCAGUACUGUAUUGCCGAUGUCACGUUGUACAGUUUCCUUUUUCCUUUUUCUCAGAAUAUAAACACCAUAAUAUUAAUCUAAUCAAUUAAGCCAAAUUUCUUAAAAUCAAUCCCAUAUACUAUGCUAUUACAAAAAAGGUUUUAAAUUCUCUGGUAAUGCCAAUAUGGAAGACUAUCAAAUGCUUCUCAAAGAUCCCUCUGGUGGUCAAACUAGCACUAACUUGCAUUAACAGAAAAAAUGGCUUACAAUUUGAUACGUGCCACAGAAUGCUGCAGUAUGACGCAACUUUUAACGGAGGAACCACUGUAGAGGGUAAAAAUCGUCUGUCCAUGACUGCAACACAAGAACUGUUCGUCGGGAGCCUCAUGAAAUCGGUUUCCAUGUCCGAGCAGCUCCACACACGCCUAAGAUCACCAUGCACAAUGCCAAGCAUCGACUGGAGUGGUGUAAAGCUUUCCACUAUUGGACUCAGGAGCAGUGGAAACACAUUCUCUGGAGUGAUGAAUCACGCUUCACCAUCUGGCAGUCCGACGGAAGAAUCUGGUUUUGGACAAUGCCAGGAGAACGCAACCCAAUGCAUAAUAACAACUGUAAAGUUUGGUGGAAUAAUGGUCUGGGGCUGUUUUUUAUGGUUUGGGCUAGGCCCCUUAGUUCCAGUGAAGUGAAAUCUUAAUGCUUCAGCAUGCAAUGAUAUUCUAGACAAUUCUGUGCUUCCAACUUUGUGACAACAGUUUGAGGAAGGCCGUUUCCUGUUUCAGUAUGACAAUGCCCCCAUGCACAAAGCAAGGUUCAUACAGAAAUGGUUUGUCGAGAUUGGUGUGGAAGAACUUGACUGGCUUGCACAGAGCCCUGACCUCAACCCCAUUGAACACCUUUGGGAUGAAUUGGAACGCCGACUGUGAGCCAGGCCUAAUCGCCCAACAUCAGUGCCCGACCCCACUAAUUCUCUUGUGGCUGAAUGGAAGCAAGUCCCCGCAGCAAUGUUUCAACAUCUAGUGGAAAGCCUUCCUAGAAGAGUGGAGGCUGUUAUAGCAGCAACGGGGAGACCAACUCCAUAUUAAUGCCCAUGAUUUUGGAAUGAGAUGUUUGACGAACAGGUGUCCACAUUCUUUUGACCAUGUAGUUUGUUAAUUUUUUUCCAGUCAAUAUGUAGCUUUUACAGGUAUCCUAUUCUGCAUUAUAUUUUUUAAUUGCAUUGUUUUCUAUGACACAGAUAAAUACAUUAUUUACUCAGGUAUAGCGGUCUAAGGUACUGCAUCUCAGUGCAAGAGGAGUCACUAAAGUCCCUGGUUUGAUUCCAGGCUGUAUCACAUCCGGACGUGAUUGGGAGUCUUUUGGCCCAGCCUCGUCCGGGUUUGGCCAGGGUAGGCCGUCAUUGUAAAUAAUAAUUUGUUCUUAACUGACUUGCCUAGUUAAAUAAAGGUUAAAUAAAAAGUUAAGUAAAAAAGUUAUGAAAUAAAAUGUACUACAUCGUCAAACUGUUUCUUUUCUCUAAAGAAGCUCACUGCUUGUAGUAUAUGAUUUCUUGACGAAUGCACAAAUGUUUAAAAUAUGGGCAUUAUGAUGAAGGAAAUGUUUUCCAUACAAGAGGAAAACUUAU